AUGAAUCGCCUAUUCGGCAGCAAGAGUGCGGCUCCUAAACCGACUCUAGACGGCGCAAUCACCAAGGUAGACAAGCCCAGAUACACACACUUCAAACCUACCAAACACUCCCCCCAAUCUAACAACCAACCACAGGUCGAAGACCGCGUCUCCAGCCUAGACGUCAAGCUCUCAGCCCUUAACACCGAACUCUCAACAUACCAAGCCAAACUGUCCAAAAUGCGCGACGGACCCGGCAAAAACGCUCUUCGCCAAAAAGCCCUUAAAGUCCUACAACGCCGCAAGCAAAUUGAAGCCCAAAGAGAUCAACUCUCCCAACAAUCAUGGAACAUGGAACAGGCAGGAAUGAUGCAAGAUAAUCUUAAGAAUGUGAUGACGACCGUUGACGCUAUGAAAACAACAACGAAAGAGCUGAAGAAACAGUACGGAAAGGUGGAUAUUGAUAAGAUCGAACGGAUGCAGGAUGAGAUGGCGGAUUUGAUGGAAGUGGGGAAUGAGAUCCAGGAGAGUAUUUCUAGGGCAUAUGACUUGCCGGAGGAGGUGGAUGAGGCGGAUUUGGAUGCGGAGUUGGAGGCGCUGGGUGAGGAGUCGAUGUUUGAUACGGGGAUAGGCGAGGAUGCCAUGCCGAGUUUUUUGCAGGAUGAGGUUGCGCCACCGCAGUUUAUUGAUGAGCCGCCUGAGCAGGCGAAGGUUAGGGAGGCUGCGGGUGGCUUGGGUUAA